CCAUCCCCGCGCCCCGCUUCACGCCAACACGCAACAGAAUCCAAUCUUCGAUUUCAUCGCAGACUCCACAUCCCUUAACACCUCCUUUUCAGACAGAGAACAGAAAUGGUCAAGGAAGCGUCUAAAUCUGAUAAGGCCGCGCUUGCCGCGAAGACGGGUAUCAAAAUCGUCAAAGGCAAGAAGACCAGAACCUCCGUCCAUUUCCGCCGGCCAGAAACCCUCAAGCUCGAUCGCGACCCGAAGUACCCGCGGAAGGCCCUUGCGAAGAAGCCCAAGCUCGAUGAUCACCAGGUCAUCAAGUACCCGCUAACUACCGAGAGCGCCAUGAAGAUGAUUGAGGACGACAACACUAUUGUCUUCAUCGUCGAUGUCCGCGCCAACAAGCCGAAGAUCAAGGCCGCUAUCGCCAAGAUGUACGACAUUCAGGCCGCAAAGGUCAACACCCUCGUACGCCCCGAUGGACAAAAGAAGGCAUACGUCAGACUUACAAACGACCACGAUGCCCUUGACGUCGCAUCUAAAAUCGGUAUCAUCUAAACUGUUUUCGCUAGAGCUGCAUCGCCUUACCCGCGAGCAGAGUCGAUGCACUGCACUCUUUGAAUAAACUACUCGUUUAAACCAUUUGGUCAGGCUUUACCAUU